UCAUGUCCGAACCGGGACGAGUCGUGCACCAGUUCUAUUUAUUUAUAUCCCGAAUGCUCCCUUAGACUAUUAAUAGUCAUAAUGGAAUGAAAUAGUUUUAUUUCAGGUAGUGAUAGCGACACUUGUGUAAAAAUAGUCUGUUUAAAUCAAAGUGCAUUCAAAUACACCAUAAACAAUGCAAAUGGAUCAAAUUUUCCCUCUAAUUUGACUUGCUGCAAACGUAUCACGUUCUAUUAGUUUAUUUUUUAUUCAGUCAAAAAUAGUCUUAUUUAUGUAGUAUUUAUUUAUAUAGUAUUUGACAGAAUGAGACAUAAAUUAAUUUUCUUGGCAGAAAAGUAACUAGAUUGUAACAAGGAUUUCUUUCUCAAUAGGUUGUGUUUGAUCUAAGCAAAAAUAUUGUCGUACAAAUGAAAGGAAAAGCAGGUUUUCUUGCAUAAAAGGAUGAAUCAAUCGAACAAACGGUGAAUGCCAGGAAGCUUGUCUCCGCGUCAUCAUGGCAUCUGGAGCUCUGUUCCCCAGCAUGGUGUCUGGCUCUCGCGGCUCCUCCAGCAAGUACCUGGUGGAGUUUCGGGCAGGUAAGAUGACGAUGAAGGGCAGCACGGUAACUCCCGACAAGCGGAAAGGUCAGGUCUACGUCCAGCAGACCGACGACUCGCUCAUCCACUUCUGCUGGAAGGAUCGGACGACCGGGAACGUGGACGACGAUCUGAUUAUCUUCCCCGAUGACUGCGAGUUCAAACGGGUGAACCAGUGCACGACGGGACGAGUGUAUGUGCUGAAGUUUAAAGCCGGAUCCAAAAGACUCUUCUUCUGGAUGCAGGAACCAAGAAGUGACAAGGAUGAUGAAUUUUGCCGCAAAGUUAACGAGUAUCUGAACAACCCCCCCAUGCCCGGCGCUCUCGGCAGCGGCGGCGGCGGAGGCCAUGACCUCUCAGCGCUGGGAGGUGAAGGCGGCCUGCAAAGCCUUCUGGGUAACAUGAGCCACAACCAGCUCAUGCAGCUUAUCGGACCGACUGGACUCGGAGGGAUCGGUGGUCUCGGAGCGCUGGCUGGGCCGGGCCUGACCAACCUUUUGGGCAGCAGUAGCGCCGUCCCUGCAGCCAGCAGCUCCGCCACGAGUCCCUCCACCGCCGUCACGCCCACCACCACCACCACCUCCGCUGCCAGCCGGCUCGGCUCCGCCCAGGUCCCAACCACCCCCAUCACUCCCUCUGCCACCUCUGCAGCCUCCCCCUCUCCCACCACCCCGUCCACGCCCGUCGUGACCUCUCUGACCUCGGCGGCGGCGGCUAACCCCACGCAGCCCAUCCAGCUGCGCGACCUGCAGAGCAUCCUGGCCACCAUGAACGUACCUGCCAGCAGUCAGGGAGUGGACCUCGCCAGCGUCCUGACGCCUGAGAUCAUGGCCCCCAUCCUGACCAACCCGGAGGUGCAGGAGCGACUCAUUCCUUACCUCCCGUCCGGAGAGUCUCUGCUUCAGAGCUCAGAGGAGCUCCACAACACGCUCAGCUCGCCUCAGUUCCAGCAGGCUCUGAGCAUGUUCAGCAGUGCUCUGGCAUCAGGACAAUUGGGUCCACUGAUGAACCAGUUUGGGCUUCCAGCAGAGGCUGUGGAUGCAGCCAACAAAGGAGAUGUGGAAGCGUUCGCUAAAGCCAUGGAGACGGACUCCAAGUCGGAGCACGGCAGCGAUUCCAAAGACAAGAGAGAGGAUGAUGAAGACAUGAGUUUGGACUGAGAGUCCUUUGAUUUUUUUUGUUAUUUAAUAUUUAUUUUAACUGCUGCUGUUUGUGUUUCUAACCCUCGUACUAUCCUAAGCAUGUUUACACUAAAAGUGGGGUCAUCUGGACCCCAUAAGAGAGAACGAGGGUUAAAUCAAGAGUAUAGGUUCACCUUAAGGGAUAAAAUCAGUUAUUAGUGGCUUAGACUGUGGGCUGCCUGCAUGUUCACCAAUAAACAGGAAAAUGUUGUUUUGUGAUGAUUGUCCUGCUAGAUUUAGAAACAAAUAUUAAAAAUGAAUGAACACA